UUUAUCAUUUUAGGUUGCCAAUGCCAUGAAAAACUCAUUACCAUUUGAUGCUCCUGAUUCUUCACAAGAUGGCCAGAAAGUACUUAAAGUGGAAGUCACUCCAACAGUACCAAGGAUUUCUCGGACUGCAAUUACAACUGCUUCCAUCCGUCGUCAUAGAUGGAGAAGAGAAGAUGGCUUUGACUUCUCAAACGAGGCUGACUCGAGUAUUCCUGGCUCCCCGAUCCAACACGGCUCCACUGACCUAGGGAUCAAACGUGUGCAAGAGGGGGAGGUGCUGGUGCGCAGGACCCCUGAGCAUGGCUCGCCGGAGCCCAACUCAGCAGCAGCCACAACAGAGGGUGCUGAGGAUAUAAAUGGAGGAGAGGAGUCUGUAAACCUGAAUGAUGCAGAUGAAGGAUUUUCGUCAGGGGCUUCCCUCAGCAGCCAGCCAGUUGGGACCAAACCAUCCUUCUCUUCUCAGAGAGGAAGCUUAAGGAAAGUAGCAACUGGGCGCUCCACCAAAGAUAAAGAAACAGCAUCUGCCAUGAAAUCCAGUGAAAGUCCUCGAGAGUCAGUAGUUCGAAAGCAGUAUGUACAGCAACCAACUGAUCUUAGUGUAGAUUCAAUUGAGCUGACACCGAUGAAGAAACACCUGAGCCUGCCUGCUGGCCAGGUGGUGCCAAAAACCAAUAAUUUAAGUCUAGUCCGGACAGCCAGUGCUUCCUCAAGCAAAUCAUUUGACUAUGUAAAUGGCAGUCAAGCAAGUACCAGCAUUGGGGUUGGCACUGAGGGAGUUACUAAUCUAGCAGCUAACAACAAUGCUAAUCGAUACUCAACUAUCAGUCUACAGGAAGACCGGCUAGGUCAAGCUGGUGAAGGUAAAGAGCUCCUCAGCCCAGGAGCCCCCUUAACCAAGCAGUCUCGAUCCCCAAGUUUCAAUAUGCAGCUAAUAUCCCAGGUGUAGUUUUGAUGUCCUCUCUCCUCUUUCUGCUUACCUUUUAACUGAACAUUUCAUUGUGCAAGAAGACACUUCAUCCCACAUUGUGAAAAUAUUGGUCGUCGUAAUCAAAUUUGAUUUAGUUUAGGUAUCUUCAUACUGUAUUUUGUAUGGAACCAGCAAUAAGGUUUUCUUUUCCCUCCUUCUUAUAUCCUCUUUUCACCUAUUUUUUGUAAAUGUGUUUGUGAAGCAGUAUAAAACUUUUGCCUUUUCCAUGCCUUCCUUUCUCCUUGGGUGAUGUGCAAUCCAUUGUAGGCUGAUCGGUCCCAUUUCAACACUGUGAGACUGAGGAUAUGCUAGAGGAAAUGGUGUAUAUGAUCCCUGUGAAAUGAUUCUUUGGCUUUUGUUUAAAAACAAAACGGGUUUGUUCACAUAAUCUUUAGAACUAUGAAGAUGACUGGAUCAUAUUUUUUUCUCUCUUAACCAGGAGUGCCUCAGAGAUUCUGCUAUGACUUUGGACUUCUCUGAGUCUGUGCAAUCAUAUUCUUGAGAAGCAUGGGGAAAGGUGGUAGACUGCUGCACUUUUUCAUUAAAAUGAGGGUAGCUCUUUUUUUCCCCCAUUUCUUUAUCCUGAGGACAUAAAUGUUCAACUACUUAGGCAUUGAAAUCAAUUUGUGACCACCUUCAUUGGCGGGUGGGGCUCUAAAUUGAUUGCAUAAGUGUUAAUGCACUUUCUCAAUGGCUCUCUAGUCAUUAUUAACAUGUCUUCCCUCUUCCCACAAGGACUUAAGGUCAUUUCUGUCCUUGAAGCUUGAAGAACUAGCAAAUCAAGAGAAUCCAAGGGACGUGUUCUCUAUUUCCCAGGAAUGAUUGACACUUUGGUGCUGGGGUUUUGUGAGGGGAGGGGUGGUUUUUGUUUAGCUUCUGUGAGAUUGUGUGGGGGGGCAGGUUUUGAUUGUUUUGUCUUUUCCUUUGUGAGAUGAUGAUGACUGAAGUAGAACUGUACGUCUUCAGGUAAAGAAAGGGAUUUCUCAAUCCACUUUCUGUGAUGUCAGACUAUUGGAGAAACCCUUUCAGCUGCUUUCUAGAUGUACUUAAACUCAGUCAGAUAAUUUGGAUUAAGAAACCUAAAGUCCUGAUAAGAUCGUAUACUCCAAGGAAAUACAUCAGGGACAGAUAAUUGGCUGAAAACACUGACGCUUCAAUGUGACACAUUUUUAUAGAACAUUUCUACCAGAGGGUACUGACUUAAUUUCUUCUACAAGGACCACACUGCCUUUGUGUUUAAUGUAAUGCAAUUUGUGUAUCUUCUAAUCAUAUAUCUGCAAAGUUUCUCAUUUUUAUAAAACUUUGAAAUCAUGCCAGUAAGCUAGAUGUUGAAUGUAUGUAAGUAGCAUUUGGUAACUGCUAAGAGGCUACAAGAGUACAUUAGUAGCUUAAAGUUUUUGUUCUGAUUUGGUUAGAUAAGACUUUAUUAUGACGUUACUCUUCUGGUUCUCAGGCUCUAAUGUUUGAAAAAGAAGGGAAUAUAUUGGGUUUUUGAAAAAUCAGUAUUGUGACUUGAACUUCUGUAAAUUAUCCUUUCACAAAAUACAUCAAUUAUCCGUGUCUUUGUACAUUUAGACAUUUUUACUUUAUUGUGAAAGAAAAAUAUACUGAGUUUAUAGAAAGCAAGUAUUCUCCUAAUUAACAAAGUUUAAAAUUUUAUCUAUAUCAAUUAAAAUUACAAUAGAUUUUUAUAAAUAAAAUAACCAGAAAAUGCCUCUUGCUUUUUUCAAACUUUAAAAUUCUCCCCUCCCCCCCUUUUUUUUUAUUGUAAGACUAUUUUUUUU